AUCUACCUUAUUUUACUAUUCCAAUGCUGAUCGCUCACCUUAAAACAAUCCCAUUCCCCUCUCUUCACUGUUCUCCUCACGAUUGACAACAACGUGCACGUUUGACAGGUCAGGUCCUCAAAUGGCGCAACCGAAUGCGCAAAUUACGUACUCGGUCCAAUACUUCUCUUUCAGGUUUGGUCUUGUCGGUCCGUCGGGCGGGAAAUUCCAUCUCUGUUGAUAAUGAUUCAUCACAGAGUGACACAGAUACGCUCGCGAUCGCGCUUGAUGGCCAUGGAUCGCUCGAUUAGGGGCGACCCUUGAAAUUACUAACGGACCCUUGUUUUCUUUUCUUCCUUUCGUGAUAGAUAUCUUGACCUCACAGAGAUUUUCCAUCUCUUCAGUAAUUUUGUUUCGUGAAUUCUGCGUUUUUAAUCAGAUCCCGAUAUCGCCGAGCCCCUCCACUACCCGAAAACUCCAACGCCGCAAAAAAUAACGGACCCAAGACUCCCAGAUCCAAUUCUCAAGCGCAUUCUCUUCUCCUCUCUCAAUCUUAACCAUGGCCGACGAAAGAAAACCUCUCUCGGAGGUCAUUCCUCCCCUCAUCCUCGGAACAGCAACGUUCAACCACCAGUACCAUCCCGAUCCAACUCAUAUGCCCUACACCGACAUCGUAGGCCGCGCCCUCGCCCACAACAUCCUCGGCUUCGAUACAUCUCCCUACUACGGCCCCUCCGAGAUCCUCCUCGGCGAUGCGCUACGAAAAUUAACGCCUCCCCCGCCUAGGGAGAACUACUUCCUCAUCACGAAAGCUGGGCGCAUUGCGGGCGAUGAGUUUGAUUACUCACCCGCUUGGAUCCGAUAUAGUGUUUAUCGCAGUCUUGAACGGCUGGGCACUUCGUAUCUUGAUCUUGUGUACACGCAUGAUGUGGAGUUUGUUUCGCCGGAGGAGGUCCUCGCUGCUGUUACGGAGCUUCGACACUUGAGGGAUCAAGGUCUUGUUCGAUAUGUCGGAAUCAGUGGAUAUCCAGUUGAUACGCUUGCGUCGCUGGCGGAGAUGAUCUUGCGCGAGACUGGAGAGCCGUUGGACGCUGUUAUGUCGUACAGCAACUUCUGCGUGCAGAACAGCCAGCUGGGAAACAAGGCAUUGCUAGAUCGCUUUCAAGCAGCAGGCGUAGACUGCGUACCGAACGCCAGCAUGCUCGGUAUGGGACUAUUAACCACCCGCGGUAUCGACAACAGCCCCAUGCGCGCAUGGCAUCCUGCCCCAGAAGAACUCCGCGACCUAUGCGCCAGACUCUCCAGCAUCGCCCAAGACUCCGGCGAGCAUCUCGAAGAAGUGGCCAUCCGCUGGGCGCUCGAGAACUGGGCGCGCGUAGGCUCACGGUUCGGCACAAAGAUAAAUCCCAGCGACACAGGCCGUCUUGGCGUAAGCGUCAUGGGUGUUUCCAGCGUAGACGAACUCGAAGAAACAUGGGCCCUGUGGACGAGCGUAGUAGGCCUUGUAGGUGAUGAAGAAGCGACGCAGCGCAAGGUAAAAAUUGAGAGUCUCGUGAGAGAAAAGAUGUGGCCUGCGCUUGGGAAGUGGAAGGAUUAUGCGUGGGGGAGCGGCGGUCCUGAUUUUGUUAAUGCGAGACGGGUUGAGGAUAUGGGGGUUGUGCCGAGGGAUGAGACGGCGGUGCGGUGGAGGUUGAUAUCCAGUGCCAUGGACACACCCAAGAUUUAACUUGAGGGUUAUGAAUAGAUAAUUUAUUUCUUAUGAUGAGGAGAAGUGAGUGCCGGAGUUGUUCAUGUGGUUGUGCA